AUGGCGACCAACAACAGCACCACCACCACAGCAGCACCACCACCGCCGCCGACAAAGAACCUCUACAUCUGCAUCGAAUGCUCGUACCCCGUGCAGUCGCUCUACACCGCCUACUCCUCGGCCGACGACCGGUCGCUGGGCCGCGGCGUGCGCCUCACGCAGUGUCCGCGCUGCAAGCGCUUCGCCGACAAGUAUGUGGAGCAUGACUUUGUCGUGCUGUUUAUUGAUCUCGUGUUGAUUAAGCCGCAGGUAUAUAGACAUCUGCUGUUCAACCGUCUCGGCCGGCAGGACGACAAGUUUGAACCGUCCAUAAUACGACUCGGGAUACUACUGCUCCUCUUCGACGUAUACCUGACAUGGGCGCGCAUCGAGAAGGAAAUCCCCCAAGACCCAUUCAACACCUUCGGCAUCCUCACAAAGCAGCCAAUCGUAGUCCAAUACAUGUUCUUCCUCCUCCUCUGCCUCACCGAAUCGCUCCUCUUCCACCUAACCAUCCGCCUCCUCUCGCGCUUCCUCCUCGGCUUCACGCGCCCCAACUCGGUCUCGACCGCGCUGCUCGUCUCGUCGUGCACAAAGCUCUUCCCCAUCCUCAUGGUCAUCUGGGAGUACGACGUGCCCGCCGCCGCCAAGUCCGUCGGCUGGGCCGUCGUCGUCAACAACGUCGAGGCGCUGCGCAUCCUGCUCGGCGUCGACUAUGUGAGGGCCGCGGGACUGGCGGGCGCGGGCGCGGUGGUCAGGGCCACGGCGAGUCAGGGCAUACUGGCGUGGACGGGCUUGCUGGGGAGGGAGAGUAAGUGGGGUGUUAUUGGCCUGGAGGAGUGGGUGGCGAGGUUGGGGUUGGGGAAGUAG